UACGGAGCCACCACCACUAUUUCAACCAAGCCCACAACUACCACAAUCUCAACCAAAUAUGCAACUACCGUCACUAUCUCAACUAAGUUCACAGCUACCACAACUAAAUUUAUCUUCACCUUCUUCAUUAAAUACACAGCUACCAUCACUAACUCAACCAAUUUUAUCACCAUCCUCAUAUUUCCAAACACAAGCACCAUUAG